GAGGAUGAUGGUGGUGAUGGUGGUGAUGCCUGUGAUGUGGUGACCUAUUGCCUUGGUUCUCGUGACCGCUCAAAACUGACGACGACGUCGCAGAAUCUGCUAUACGCUGAUAGGUUGACGAAAAUCGAUGAUCUAUUAAGCAAUCUGACACAUCGACCUGAUUGCAUUGAUCGUAUGAGAUGUGAGUCACAAGAUGAGCUGUAUCAAGGAACUGAUGCAAAAGGAGCAAAACUCAUACAAUACGUCCUCGAAGCUUCGUUCUUGGUGGCUGCACUUCGGUUCGACCUUGGUGACGAUCUCAACUGUUGA